AUGGGAGACAUCUCGGGCUGCGUUGCGGCCGAUGGUCUUUCGGCCGAAGCCAAUGUCGAAUUGUCGCGAUCCUUGCCCCAGAUCUUGAAUUUCGGCGUCGUAGGCAUAGGCCGGAUGGGACAACAACAUGCCCUCAACAUCCUAAAAUCGGUCCCAAGAGCAAGACUAGUAUGCGCCUGUUCACCAGCUAAGGCUGAUCUUGUUUGGGCCGAGAGUAACUUGGUGCCUCAUGGGGUUGCAAUAUUUUCUACCUUUGAAGAGAUGAUCCAGUUUCCAGGCCUUGAUGCCGUUGUCAUCGCUUCCAUCACGGAGCUUCAUUACCCACACACAAAGGCGGCGCUUCAGCGGGGCGUCCACGUGUUGUGUGAGAAGCCUCUCGCACAAACUGUGGAGCAAGUGGAGGAACUUGUCUCCAUUGUCCACGCUUCACCACAGACUCGGCUCAUGGUGGGCUUCACCCGAAGAUUCGAUGAGAAUUACCAGGAGGCUGUUCAAAAGAUUCGAGAUGGCGCCAUUGGUUCACCGGUGGUCAUUCGGUCCCAAGGCUGCGAGAAGCUCGAUGACUCGGGCUUUAUGCACUCGUACGUGGUCAAUGCAGCACGAGGAGGUGGAUUCUUCGUCGACUCCGUCAUUCAUGACAUCGACCUCACUCUAUCAUUCCUCGAGGUGGGCGGCAAGCCGGUGCAGCCGAGAUCUGUCUGCGCAUUUGGUAAUAUAGCUCAUUUCAAGCAGCUUGAAGACGAGUCUCUGCGUGACGCAGACAAUGUCGUAGGUACAGUCCAAUACUGGGGUGGCCAAAUAUCAUUUCAUUACAAUUCACGCACCGCGGCAGCGGGCUACGACAAUCAGACAGAAAUCUUCGGCACUCAAGGCAAGAUCUCGGUCAAUCUAGUCUCAAGGCGCAACAGAUUAGAAUUAUCCGACCAAAGCGGGAUACACGUCUCGGCUUUAGCGAGCUGGCACGAUCGCUACAAACCAAGUUUUGUGUCAGAGUUAGCCGUAUACACUGACGCGGUUUUGGAAAACAAGCAGAUGCCAAUCUCACUGGAAUCCUGCAUUACGAGCCUGAAAAUUGCACAAGCUUUGCAGGAAAGUUUUAGAACUGGGAAAAUGAUCGAGUUCGAUAAAGACGGGAGGCGGAGAUAA